GGACAGGCACGCGUCCGACGCGUAUAUAAGCCGCAACAUUUUGGCCAAAACAGCAUCAGUCGCAGCCCAACCAACCUGCAAACCACUUCUCCACAGACUCGUCUCUCGCCAGUCACUCAAAAUCCCCUCCAACAUGGCCUUCCGCUACCUCAUCACUCUGUGCGCCCUCGUGGCCUGCGCUCAAGCUGGUCUCCUGGCCGUGGCCAAUCCCUCCGUGGAUGCUGUGGCCUCUACGCAGCAGAAUGUGGUCCGCUCCUUCGCUGGCACCGUCUCCAGCUACUCGAAGGCUGUGGACACGCCCUACUCCAGCGUCCGCAAGAGCGACACUCGCAUCCAGAAUAACGUGUACACCCCAGCACUGGCCAAGACCACCUACGCCGCUCCGCUGUACACCCAGGCCACGCCCGUCGUUGCCAAGACCCUCGUCCAUGCUCCGGUUGUGCAGAAGACAGUGUAUGCCCAGGCAGCUCCAGUCUAUGCCCAGGCUGCUCCAGUGUACGCUGCCCACGCUCCAGUUGUGGCCAAGACUGUGUACUCCGCCCCAGCUCCAGUCUAUGCCAAGACUGUGUACUCCGCCCCAGCUCCCGUUGUGCAGAAGACAGUGUAUGCCGCUCCUGCUCCCGUCUAUGCCAAGACUGUGUACUCCGCUCCAGCUCCAGUUGUGGCCAAGACCGUCUACUCCGCUCCCGCACAGGUCUACUCCGCUCCCGCUCCCGUCUACGCCAAGACUGUGUCCUAUGCCGCUCCUCUGGCCACCACCAAUGUGAACCACGGACCCUCUGCCACCACCUACACCCACAAUGCACCCGCCUUGGGCGUGUCCAGCUAUGGCAGCGCCCAGACCGUUCAGUACUCACCGGCGACCAGCGUCUCGCACAUGAGCUUCGAUGGAUUCGGCACCCACUACGGUUUCUAGGGCAACUCUUCGGCGCAGGCUGAGAUUGUUAAAGCUUCUUGUUAAUUUU